AUGGCAGACGACAAAUCCGAGCACUGCAUUCCCUUCAUCCUCGCCCGCCUCGAUGCCCAUCGCCGCGCUCCGCGCCCGUCAGGCCAGCCCGCGCCGCCCUUCUUCAUCGGCCUGAACGGCGUGCAAGGCGCGGGCAAGACGACUCUGGUCACGACCCUCCACCGCACUCUCACCUCGCCCCCGCACUCGCUCCCCACCGCCGUCCUCAGCAUCGACGACCUCUACCUCCCACACAGCGCGCAGCGCGCCCUCGCCGCCGCCCACCCCACCAACCCACUCGUCCAGCACCGCGGGCAGCCAGGCACGCACGACCUGGCGCUGGGCGCCUCCGUAUUCGCCGCUCUGCGCGCACGGCAACCGACGCGCAUCCCAGCGUACGACAAGAGCGCGCACGGCGGGCAAGGCGACCGAGCCGAGGAGGCGGCGUGGACAGCGGUGAACGCGGCGGGCGCGCCCACCGUCGAGGUCGUGCUGUUCGAGGGGUGGUGCGUGGGGUUUCGAUCGCUGGGGGCGGGGGAGGUACGGCGGCAAUGGGAGGACGCGGCGGCGAAGGCGCGCGCCGAGGACGAGGCGUACGCGGGCCGGCUGGGCCGGUUGGAGCUGCACAGUGUGGCGUUUGUGGAUGAGCGGCUGAGCGAGUACGACGUGCUGACCGAUGCGCUGGAUGCGUUCGUGCAUAUUGAUGCUGAGGACACGCAGUUCGUGUAUCAGUGGCGCUUGCAGCAGGAGGCGGCGCUGCGCGCGGCCAAGGGGCGCGGCAUGUCGGACGAGCAGGUCGUCAGGUUCGUGGAUGGCUACUACCCCGCCUACGAGCUCUACACCGACGUCCUCCGCGCCGGCAUCUUCAAAGGCGACAAGGGGCGCCAGCUCCGCCUCGUCGUGGGCCGGGACCGCCGCGUCAAGCACGUCGAGCUGCUAUGAUAGAGAGAGAGAGAGAGAGAGAGAGAGAGAGAGAGAGAGAGAGAGAAAGAGGUAAGA